AAUAUCUCGUUCUAUUACAUGUGCCUAAUUUAUCAUCUUAUUUUCCUUGCAACAAUCAUUCCAUUAUCUUUUGAAGUUUACAUGAGCUGGACCAGAAAAUACAGUGACUCAGAUGUGAAUCUGUUCCUUAUAUGGUUUAAUUUAGACUGUUAUAUUUUGUUCGUUUAAUGGAUGAGCAAAUGAACUUUUAGACAAUUUUAUUUGUGUUCAUCAUAAUGGAGAACAAAUGAGGUUCAAAAUUCUUAAUUAUUUAAUGUGAUGAUAAACUUCGAUGGUGUUAAUUUUUGUUUUAAAAUUUUGAUUUUGAACUCCCUCUUUAUCUCUUAUGAGGUUUGAAUGUUUUAGGAGCUGACUUGACAUCUACUUGACCUUACACAAGCUGCAUUACAGUUUGCACAAGUUGUUGAAACAGUGGCCUGCACUAAAUGCAGAAUCAUACACCUAUUUCAAUUUUGUUAUAACCAAUUUUGACUGGUUAGUUCUUCGCAUACAUUCUAAUCUGGUUUCAGUCACCAAUAAACUGACAACCUAAAUGCAAUACAAGUGUCAGAAUUUUGCUUGUUGGAUGUCUUAUUUGCUUUUCUUGGUUGCCCCACAAUAAAUUUGCAUGUUUGAUGUGGUGGUCUUUAUUGUUUGAUCUAUGGGGAAUAUGGAAAUGUGUAAUUUACCUUGCCGUUUAUUUGCUGUUUUAGUGGGAAUUUGUUAUUCAACUGAGAUUUAUCUGCUUCGCUAACUUUCUUAUUAUUGAGUUCAAGUACUGAAUGUGCUGGGUGUAUAGUAUUAAAUACUUUCUAAACAACGCCUUAUUCCUCUUAUGACAGGAAGCCAACAACGAUGACUGGGAUAUAGAUGCAAGAAGAAGAUGAGGAUGAUGCAGAAGAUGGCGAUUCAAAGUAUGAUUCAGAUGCAGAAGAUGAAAAGGAGACUCCUCAUGAUUAGCUCUAGAGGAAAUCGAGAGAGUUUUCGACGAUUUUCACAGACGAGUUAAUUGGGUAGUAUUCAAAAUUGCAGUCACCUUGAGAACCAUUUCAUUUCAUGGAGAGAACAACUUGAGCGGAGAGCAUUGUUGCAUAACCUGUGCGUGUCCUUAAACCUGAACUUUUAGAAGCAUUUAGUCCAUUUUCCUGAUGCAAUGAAUGGUGUUAAAAUGGACUAACGACAUCUUUUAUUCUUGUCAUGUCACCUUUUUUUUUGUUUUGUUCUUCCCUUUCGUGGUUUCAAGUACCAUAUCAAGCCGGAGAUGUUUUCAAUUGUAGGUUUGAAUUGCAUCGACGUGUACUGCUCGGAGGAAACCCAAACAUCGAGUCAUGUCUUUUUCCCCGGAACAAGAUCCGGUAACCCGCAUCCAACUCGCCAACUUCAAAACUGCCCCUAUAGAUCUGCUAUUUAAUUACCUUGUAAGAUAACGUCUGCUUAGUCUCCCGCCCCUACCCGACCCCCCCUCUUUCGGCGAUCAGAUCGGUGGUGACGGAUCGUAAACGAUUCCGAUCGCCAGAUCCCAUCUUCUCGGCAGGGUUCCCGGAGAGAUUCGAUAGAUCUGGUCGCCGGCCCGUCCGCCCGCGAUGUUUCUUUUCGAUUGGUUCUACGGAGUUCUCGCCUCACUUGGGUUGUGGCAGAAGGAGGCCAAGAUCCUGUUCCUGGGGCUCGAUAAUUCCGGGAAGACGACGCUGCUUCAUAUGCUCAAGGACGAGCGACUGGUUCAGCACCAGCCAACGCAGCACCCGACAUCGGAGGAGCUGAGCAUCGGGAAUAUCAAGUUCAAGGCGUUUGAUCUGGGAGGUCAUCAGAUCGCACGGCGCGUGUGGAAGGAUUACUUCGCUAAGGUGGACGCAGUGGUAUAUCUAGUGGACGCAUGGGACAAGGAGAGGUUUGCAGAGUCCAAGAAGGAACUGGAUGCGCUCCUCAUUGACGAUGCCUUGGCAAAUGUCCCGUUCCUCGUCCUGGGGAACAAGAUCGACAUCCCACAUGCGGCAUCUGAGGAGGAGUUGUGCUUCCACCUAGGCCUGCACCACUUCAUAACCGGGAAGGGCAAGGUUAAAAUUACCGACCCCAAUGUCCGCCCCGUUGAGGUCUUCAUGUGCAGCAUCGUGCGCAAGAUGGGUUACGGUGAUGGCUUCAAAUGGCUUUCGCAAUACAUAAAAUAGGACCCUAUUUUGAUGUGGCUCAACCUGUCAUUUGAUUUUGGAUUUUAGUGGGAUGCAGUGCAUGGCCAUCCUGAUGUUUUCCAUUCGUUUCGCAUAGUACACAGACAAAGACAGGAUUACAUCUUCCCCUUCGAGCUAUAGUUCCUCAUGUGAUGCUCGAUUUUUUGUUGCUACAACUUGAUCUGUUACAGUUUCUCAUGAGCAAUUUAUACUUGGAUU